AUGGCUGAUUGCAAGCCCAAGCCUACUCCAUGUGUUUUAGGUAUCGAGAAGGUCUCAGAUGAAGAAUCACCAAGCUUAGAAGACCCAGGUGAGUAUAGGGCUAUUGUUGCGAGCUUAAUAUACGUUAUGACAGGCACCAGGCCUGAUUUGUGCUAUAUAGUGACGAAGCUCUCACAGAAAAUGUCUAAGCCCACAAGAGCCAAUCUCGACUUGGCUAAACACGUUUUAAGGUAUUUGAGGGGUACAUCUGAGCAAGGUUUGACAUUUAGGAAGUCAAACGUUCCGCUAAGGUUGAACGGAUUUUGUGACUCCGACUGGGGCGCAUCAGUUGCCGACAGGCGGAGUAUAACUGGCUAUAAUUUUCAGUUGUCUUCAACAGGUCCUUUAAUAUCCUGGAAGAGCCGUAAACAACCAACAAUUGCACUCUCUACAUGCGAGGCAGAAUAUAUUGCGCUUGCAAAUGCCGUACAGGAGGCAAAAUUUUUUAGACAAUUAUGUAUCGACAUGAAGGUAAGUAUAAGUGAUGAUAAUGUACUUAUUCAAGUAGAUAAUCAGGGAGCUAUAAACUUAGCUAGAAAUCCCGUACACCAUCAAAGGUCGAAACAUAUAGAUAUUAAGUAUCAUUUUAUAAGAUCCGAGAUACAGGUAGGUACCAUAAGUUUGAAAUAUGUUCCUACUGAGGACAAUAUAGCUGAUGUCUUCACAAAGCCAGCUAGCAAAGGUAAGUUAGAAAAAUUUAAGCACUUCAUGUUAGGUUUAUAAAUGCGCUGCGUAAUACAAAUAUAUUAGAAAUUAAAAAAUUAUUGUGAUGUAAUUUAUAGAUGCUCAGAACAUAAGAGCAAGUGGGGGUGUUAGAAUAUACUCCUGAUAUUCUGUUGACAAUGAUAAUAAGAUUAUUAGUUAAUGAAUGACAUUGAUUACUAUAGAUAUGUAUGUAAAAUGUAAUCUCUGGAUACCACAAAUUCCAGUACAAAUAGUUGCUCCAUGUACCAAACUGUAUACCAUUUAUGGUAAUAAAAUGUGAUAUGUCAAAAUACUUAUUAUAGAUAUAAUCUUGUAUAUAUAUGUGUGAUUUUUAUUAUUAAAUACAUUCUUUUGUAAAACUCCAAAGUUGUAUGUUGUGCUUCGUAUUCGAGAAAGAGCGAUGGCAACGGUACAAAACCCAACAUAUUUAAUGAAAUGUUAAUUUUAAUUUAAUUAAUUUGUCACAAUUACAACAAAGGACAAUUACAUAUUUACAGAAACAAUGACAGGAGAAGGUAACAGGAGAAUUUCCCAAUUGACAACCGACCCCAACAAGAACAAUACAAUAAAAAAGCAAGUUUUUAGAAGUCGGACUGUAUCUGAAUCCAACUACGGCGGUGUGUACGUUUGCAGCCUGUCCGAAAAAUAUCCAUGCAGUUUUGAUUUAAAAAUAGAAACGGACUGGCAUUUUUUUAAAUCAUGUGGUAGAUUGUUCCAUAGUUCAAUAACUCUUGGAAAAAAAGAGUUUCUGUAAUAGUUUUGCUUAUGGUCAGUUAUUAUUUUAAGAUUCUUCGGAUCAAAGUUUCGAGUUGAGUAGCGGCUUGAAACUAGAGAAAAAUAUUUUUCACAGUUAAGAUGUAUAGUACUGCAACGACAUUUAAAUAACAGUAUUAGGUCCUUUAGUUCUCUGCGAAAUCUUAGCGGCAAAAGGCCUAGAUUUCUCAGUCUGUCCGGGUACGAAACUUCGCGUGGUGGAUAAUUUAAGAUGAACUUAGUCGCUCGCCUCUGGACAUUUUCAACCAAAGCUCGAUGUUUGACUGUCGAUGGUGACCAUGCGCUGGAAUAGUAUUCGAGAUGUGGGAGAACCAGAAAGCAAAAAAGAAGUUUGCGGGUACUUAUAUCUGUAAUAUCCCUACAAACUCGUUUCACCAAUCCAAGUUUCCGGUUUGCUUUAGAAACCAUUUCCUCGAUAUGUCUUCCCCACUGCAAGUCACAGGAUAUGACGAUGCCCAGAUCUUUAAUAAAAGGGACGCAUUCUAGGUAUUCAGAACCCAAUCGAUAUGACCAGCGGUCACUAGGGAUUCGUUUUUUUGAAAUAUGAAGAGCUUUACAUUUCAGGACAUUGAAGGACAUGCUAGAAUCCAAACUCCAUCGGUGAAGGCCAUUGAGAUCUUGUUGGAGAAGAGAUUGCGAAGAUGGGGAGUCUAAUGUUCUAUACAAUUUCGAAUCAUCCGCAAAUAGUGCCAAGUUUGAAUCCGAAUGGAUAUAGUUGGGUAAGUCAUUGAUAAAAACAAGGAAUAAGAGCGGCUCAAGAAUUGAUCCUUGUGGAACCCCCGAACUUGCUAGAAGCCAAUCGGAAUAGAUCCCUUCAAGAACAACACGUUGGUGUCUGUCAGUCAGAUAACUCUUCAACCACUGUAGCAGGGAUCCGGAAAUACCAUAUCGUUCCAAUUUUGCAAUCAGCAAGUGGUGAGGAACUUUAUCGAAGGUCUUCGCGAGAUCCAGAUAUAAAACAUCAACCUCCUUACCACGUGCAAGAGAAUCUAAUAUAUCAUGAUAAACUUCUAGUAGCUGAGAUUUUGUUGAACGUCCUUUGCGAAAACCAUGUUGGAAAUCGUAGAUGAACUGUGACAGGUGAUGUUGACAAUGGUAUGAAACACAUCGUUCAAAUACCUUUGAUAAAAUACAAAGUAAGGAAAUGGGUCUAUAGUUUGAAGGAAGUGAGGGAUCAUCUUUCUUAAAAAUAGGCGUAACAUUGGCUCGUUUCCAGGUCGUAGGGAAAUGUCCAAGUGAGAGGGACAUGUUAAAUAACCGACAGAGGCUUGGAGCAAUUACUUCGGCUGCUUCUUUAAGUAGUCUUCCUGGGAUGUUGUCAGGUCCACAAGAGCGUGGAGAACUUCGGACUCAGAAAGAUUAA